AUGGACAAGCUCAAGGCUGCGAACAGUGAUGUACGAGAUCUGCAGAAGACUGUUGGCACCCAGAAGGAACGUAUCGACAGCCUUGAAUUAGAGGCGCGUGCUAGAGUUGAGGAUGCGUCCACCACCGUCAAACCGGCACUCGAAGACGUCAAAAAGCUGCGCAACUCUGUAGACUACCUUGAGACACGUCUUCAAGCCUCUAACGUUGCGAGGGUCGAUGCCCUUGAACAGAUUUACAACCUGAAGCACGACGUCAACCCGUUUAACAGACCCCAGCCGUCAGAGAAGCAGCUCACUAUCGACCUUCAGGAGGCUUGCUUGAAGAUCCACGUUUUGGAGAGCCAACUCCAACGGACAGGACGAUACUACGAGAACGAGGAGCUCAAAUCAAAGCUUGACGAUGCCGAAAUCCAUGUGCUCAGAUUGCGUAGAGAGAUGGAAUACUUCAAAAAGGUACUUGAAAGCGAGGUUCGAAAACACGCGUCCUUCAAGAUCUGGUCGGAGGUGGAUGAUAACAAAUCGCUUCCACCGAAUGCGACACGGGAAGAUGUUGAUCGGAUGAUUGCGCUCCUUCAAAAGCGUCUGAAGGCCCACCUGGCGAAUACUUCUGGCAAGGUCGACAAGCAGCUAGCGGAACAUGAGUUCCGCAUCGAUCAAUUGAGUAAAGAGGUGGAAUUCUACGUGCGAGAGAUCAUCUACUACAAGCUUGACAUCAAAGGGUACAAGAAGGACAUCAAGAGCCUG